AUGCAAAUCUGUCGCUUGGCGAAGGUCGCCGUUUUACCGGUGCGCCCACUGUAUUCCGCGCGCUCUCGUAGUUUGUCCUCGCUAAGUUUCGUAUCAAGACUGUUUGGAGUAUCCGUCAGUGAACCGAAGCCAAAGAGAAUCGCGAGUCAUCAGACUGUCCACGGGGUCGAACUUGAAGAUGAUUUUUCCUGGCUUAAAAAUCGUGGAUCCAAGGUAAGCAAAGGGUUGAUUAUCUUUUUUGACCAAUAUCUCAUUUCUCCUUACUUAGUCAAUAGCCGUGUCAUGAGAACUCAAAGCAUGAUCAUUGGUUUGAUCAGCCUUGAUUUUCUAGUUAGUUUGAGUAGCUAAUUAAUACAAGAGAGACGUUUUUUUUCUGAAUGGUGUUCUGAACGUCAAUUUCUUAAAAGAGAAAACAUAACAACAUCAAUGCCUCAUGGUGGAUGUUGUUUUUCUGAUGAAUAGUGAUGUAAAAACACUGAAUUUCUGUAGUCCUACUAUUGAAAAGGUUCUUUUACAGCUACACCACAUAAGUGGGGGAAGGAAAGUGUGUGCGUGUGUGUGGUGAUGGGGAGCAGAUGUUAAAAGGAAUUAUAUUCCUAGAUUCUGUUAAAGGAGGUUAAUUAAACUGUCAUGAAAAACAGCAAGAGGGAAAUAUUACUGUAAUGGGAUUAAGUACAUUUUUUAUAUAUGAGGUAAAGUUUACAAGUCGAUAAACUGAUUUGUUAUAUUAAAGACAAAAAGAGGUUUCCUAUUUACCAAAAAGAGGAAGCAGUAAUUGUGGUAGAUACUAGAUAACUGGUCAUUUGUUGCUAAUUUCAGGCUGUACGGAAUUACAUAAAAGCAGAAAACAGGUAGAUUUUUUUCCAAUUGAUCAACUGUAAUUUUGUACGGAUUUCAUGAUAUAAGUUGUGAAAUUGAAAAAGAUUAUAUUGUUGUUGUUGUUGUUCUUUUAUGAGUUUACUAUCUUGCUUUCUUUCACAGCUAUGCAGAAGCUGUUCUGGCUGACACAGAAAGCUUCCAAGAAAAGCUGACCAAGGAAAUGAAUGAUUGGCUUGAAAAGCACUGUGAUGAUGAAUCAGUGCCUGAAGUAAGUUGUUUCCUUAGACAAGGGACUUUACUCCACUUUGUCUCUCUUCACCCAGGUGUAUCAUAAAUGGGUACCAGCAACAUACUGCUGGGGGGGGUAAUCCUGUGAUGGACUAGCAUCCCAUCCAGCGGGGAGUAGCAAUACUCCUAGGCAUGCUUCAGUGCUUCAUGCUAUGGAAACUGGUAUAAGCUCUGGCCGUUUGGGCCUUUGGCUCAUGUGUGCCCUUAUCCUUUACCUUUGUCUUCAUUUCUUGUUUUCAUUUGCAGGAGCUAGAUGGAUAUAUUUAUUAUUUAAGCAAUCCACCUAAAGGAUCUUAUCUUCCUGUAUAUUGUAGAAGAAAAAUAUUAGAAGGUGAGUGAAAUGCUCUCUCUUAUAAGCCAACAGUAUAACCAGUAAACAUGCUUAAUAACCAAGGCAGCUGCAUCCAUAAGAAUUAUACAACUGAAAUGGCUUUGUUUUAUAAUUUUUUUAAAUGAUGUUGUAUCACUGUAACAAAAUAACAAAAUGAUGUUUCCAGCUUUCCUCAAAGAAAGAAUUAGAGGAUCAUAUUUCUUUAACUGGACCACUUCUAAUACAAUGCAGUAUGACUUGACAAAAAUAUUAUAGGGAAUCUAAGACGGAUUGUGUAGUUCCAAAAACAAAAAAACAUUUAAUUGUGUGAGUGAUUCAUGAAAAGGUAUUUUGAAAUGCCAUGUAAAACAGGGCUUCUGAUGUAAUGUGAUCUCAAUUUAAGUCUGAUCAUGAAUACUCCAUAAGAAUUAAUCUUAGGAAUGAUCCCUGAUCUGGACAAAAUGACAAACCUAACUGCUGCUUAAGGCUAUUUAGCACUAGAUGGAUGUGACCCCUCCCCUCUUGAAAAAUAUUUUCUAUUUACUAUUAGCUUUUGGGCCCUAAGGAAAACUGUUUAAUUUAUCUGUAUGACACCUCAGUGUUUUUGUUGUUGUUGUCUAUAAUUACUAUAUAUUUGUUUUAAAUGGAACCCCUAUUUUCUGCAGAUGGUUCCUACGGCGAACAAGAAAUAAUCCUAAAUCAAAAUGAGCUCAUAGAGCGAUAUCCUCAUGUGUCCAUUCCUGUCAUUAAGAUGUCUCCCUCAAGAAGGGUAUGGUGCUGUUAAUAAAUUUCACUGGUACUUAAAUGAUAAACCUGGUUGAUGUAUUUGUUAUCUGUUUUUGUGUACUUUUUUACCUUGACUGUUCAUACCUCACUAUAAUAUUCCACCAUGAUGGACUAAAUGACCAUCAGAAACACUCUGUCAUUGAACUGAACUCAGCUAGUUCUCUGAUUUAAGAUUCUGCAAAAAGUUGUGGAAAGAUUAAUAAAUGGUUCACACUUUUGUACACAUGGAGAGCCUAAGUACAGAUAGACAGUGGACCAAGCUAAUGCAAGUUUAUUUUGUUACUCUUAAUUUUAAAUCUGUAGACAACAUUCUAUAGGAUUCGCUUUAAAUUAAAUAACAUACACUGUAGCAUUACAGUAUUUAUAUUUUGAAUAUUUUGGAUUUUACAAAAGCUUUAACCGUAUUUUUUGUGGCCAUGGGAGUUUAAGGAAUACUCAAAGCACAGGUGCAAGAUCCAGCAAUACAGCAGCAGGUCAAACUUGUAAUGCCAAUAAAGUGCUUUUUCACUGCAAGGGCUUGGUGGGUCCUGACAGCGAAUGCUACUUGAAUUAAAAAAAAAAUUAUCCUGGUAUAUUUAAAUCUUGAGUGAAAAAUUCAAUUAGUAUUAGAUUCUGGGAAUAAUUUCCCACCUACUCCUCCCUUAACCUACCAUUUUGCCCCACUUACUGCAUUGCAGUUGUAAGUGAUAAUAUUGGCUAUGGGAGGGGUAGCUAAUUUCCCGAAAUCUUAUACUGAUUCCCAAGUACAAACAUGUAAAUUCCCUUAAGUCAUAUUACACAACAAACAAUCAUUAUAUAGCCUAGAUAGUAAAACAGAUAUUCAGCAGUCUUGUAUUUUUGCAUUUGUCUUCUACUUUUUUUUUCAGUACAUCGCCUAUCUGCUCGACAGAAAAGGUGAUGGAUCCCAUUCCUGUUACAUAAAUGAAGCUUAUGAAGGCCAGAUGAAUACUAUAGAUGUUAUACAUAAUGUUGUAAAUUUUGGUGAGUUCUCUUCCAACCGCCAAUUUGUUAAUUAUCGGACAGUUGAAAGGGAUAUACUCAUGUACAAUCCCUUCCAUUCUAUAACAUGGAAAACCUCUCUGUGGCGAUGCGGGCACUUGGAUACUUUUGAAAAAUAGGUCAGUUUGCCCACCCCAUAUUACUAUUAUUGUUAUACUUAUUAUUAUUAUUAUUUUUAUUUUUAUUGUUAUUAUUAUUAUUAUUAUUAUUAUUAUUAUUAUUAUUAUUAUUAUAUGAAGAGAGCAGUGCUGCCAGAUUGGGACGUUGGUUAACCUAUUUGACAAUAUAGGGACUUAAAUAAAGUUUUUACUAAUUUGCACGGUGUCACCCAUUAUUCAUCUUUUCCUUUGGUGUCCAAAUUGGAGAAGUUGUCCUUUUAACUAUAUUGAGCAUCCUUUCGUCAUACGAUUCGUUGACGUCUUCUUCAUUUUUAGAAUGGGGAAGCAAUGAUCUCAGCCUUUACUAUACCAGGCCUGAUGGCAUGAAACGACCUUAUGCUCUUUUGAGACAUGAGACUUGUAAAAGUAUAUUUCAGGACACCGUCCUGCAUGAAGAAAAGGAUGAAAGGUAUUCUUUACAAUUUGAACUUGCAAUGUGAUUCUCAAAAUUUUUAUUUAGUUAUCUUCUAAACCUCUCUGAUCGAGGCAAAAAAUGGGUUGUUAGUUUAACACAACAUAACGUAAGGUAACGUAACUUAGCUUAACAAAGUUUUUACAUAACGUUGCGCUAUGUGACGUGACGUAACAACAUCAAGUAGAGGUAUUCUUUACAAAAUGAGCUUGUAAUGUAAUAACCGUGGCAGGAUUAGCUUAAUCGGUAGGGCGCUUGACUGCAGGGUGGGAGGUCACGGGGUGGAUUCCCCGGGGGGGGGGGGCAGAUCAACACUCAAGGUCUUAGUGAGAAAUAAAGGUACUUUCUUUGACCUGUGAGCGGCUGGACCAUCGAGUGGCUUUGAUGACCACGUCGAAUGGCGAAUGGAGAAGUCGAAAUAGUGUCCCCAGUCAGUACUUUCGUGCUAAAUACAUUGACACUUAAAUAAAGUGGUUUUAUUUUGUUUUUUGCUUUGUUUGUUUGUUUGUUUUUUUAAAUUGACUUGCAAUGUGAAAUUUCAGUUAUGUCAUCUUGUAGGUACAUAGUAGAUGUCAGUGCUACUAAAGACAGAAAAUUUAUUACCAUAAACUGUAAUUCAAGAUCCACCUCAGAAGUAUGUACCUUAGAUAAUGAGAUCUUAAAAUCCCAACAGAACGACAACUUUGUUGGGGUCAGUUUGUUAAAGCGUGGGUAACUUGCUAGCAAGCUCUCUGGGGCGCUGUGGCGGCAAGGCGGGAAAAAGAAGGAGAGGUUGCAUCUACGUCUGUGGAAUUUGAAUUCCACCUCCAAUUCCCCUGUGGCUCCCCUGCGACUGAGCUGUCAGGUUGCCGCCAAUCAGCACGAAGCGGAAACGAGCACAAAUGUAAACAAACAUUGAAAAACUGACACGCGCCAAGGGUAAUGACGUCAUUACAAAUUAUAUCAUCUCCGCCAAUCGGUAUUUCUCAUCGACGUUUCCAUGCAGAUAUUCAAAUUCCAGAGACGUAGUUGCAAGCUCUCCUUCCUUUUCCGGCCCCGCCGCCAGAGCGCCCCGGAGAGCUUGCUCAGGGGGCGUGGGUUGUUUCACAAGCUUGAUAUUUUUCGAAAUAAAGAGAGAGAUUUGUAUAUUUGACGUCAUUAAUAUGACCUGCGGCCGCUUAGUACCGACACGCCAUUAAACCGGCUGUGUCACGGUUGUCUCGUUCAUUUUGUUAAUAUUGCCAAUUACACUUCCUUAUGCGUAUGAAACUUAACGUUAACGUAGAAAUUACUUGUAAAGGAUAAAGCACAGCUUCUUGUCCAAAUAUACUUGGCAAGCACUAUAUCAAGCGUCACGAAACAACCAAAGUGAACUGAUCGGCUACGAAGCUUUCAAAAACCCACAAUUCCAAUCCGUUUUAAUCUUCUUCAAGUUUGUCCAUCCAUGCGUACUUUUGUAUUUACCGUCUUAUUAAUAACUUUUUAUUAAUAUUUUAAUUUAUACUAUUGAUUGGUUAUUUUUAUGUUUCACUCAUUUGCUGGCAGUUCCUUCUGUCAGAAUUUUGAUAAAAUCUGUGACACAGCUCCUUUAAUAUGGACAAUGUUCAUGUGAUGGUACACUGCAGCUCAAGUGUUUGCAUUGGUGGGUUCCUUUUGUUUAACAGGUCAGCAUCGCUGACAUUAGAGAUGGAUCUCUUGUUUCACGUCCUCUUCAUCCCAGACAGCAGGGAAUGGAAUAUUACGUAGACCAUAGAGGAAAUCAGUUCUACAUCAUAACUAAUGCUGAUGGCAAAAACUAUAAGGUACAUAAAGAUUUUGUUUUCGUUACCUUUUGUUCGUUUAUCACUACAAGAAAUGAUUUGAAUUCAGACUGGGAGGGGACACAAAAGUGGUACACAAAAGUGAAAAAUCCUCUUCGAGCCCCAUUAUGAAGUGGGCGUGUUUCCCACCGCACGUCGCAUGUCGCCAAACGAGAUUUUUAGCGUGCUGGCGUGUUGCAGCCGGUCUUACUGAUUGAUACAAUUAUGAAACUACGUUACGGCCCAGCGAGUGGAUGUACUCUCUGCGUUUUUACUCCGUAACAACAAUAUUUAUUACUCAAUCAAUUCUUUGAACUUGAGAAAAGGACGCUCUUAGUUUCGCUUGUAUCUUUGGUGAGUAGUCAUGACGAGAUACCCUUUGAAAAUGAAUCAUAGUUAUUUUUGUUAAAUGUUCUGUUUUAUAUUGCACUUUUUCUCGAACAUCUAGAUAGUGACGGCGCCUGAAGAAGAUCCUAGAAAAGAAAACUGGAAAACGUUUAUUGAAGAUAAACGAGAAGUGAGUGGGCAAAGCUAUGAAGAGCUGUUACGACGUUGAAUACUAUAUAGGUGAUGUUACAAGGGAGGAUUCGUAACAACGAUUUUUAGCGCCACACAGCGUUGCCACAUUGUUGCGACAUUGUUUCACAUGGCUGCAACAUUGUUCCAAUAUUGCAACGAUUUGUUGCGCAAAAAAUCCUCUUUGCGAAUGCUCCCGUGUAAAAUCACCUUAAUAAUAGUUUGUAGCCAGAAUCAACAAUUUUUCUCUCUCGGUUCCUAUGUAGAAAUUGAGAAACCCAGUUCAUGCCUGGAAAACUAGUCAAUAUUUCAUUCGGCAUUUUGUCAUCCCUGUUUCAAGCACUGCAGAAUACUGGGUUAAAUUCCUGCCGUUAUUGUAUCGGGUUUGAUCUGGUUUUGUUGUUUUAGGGAACACCUUGUCCUUCUUCCGUCAGACGUCGUGAUAGUGUGAUGGUGUUAUUUUUCUUGCAUACGUUCUAUCGUCUGAAGCGGACGGACAGAACGCUUUUGUCAGUCCAAACUCAGUCAGACGAACUUGAUCUGACACAUGUCCAACCAAUCAUAAACUUAACUCACUCAGAGUAGAAUCGUUGCAUGAAAAUUUUUUGGACUUUUGGGCGUUUGCGUGAGGUGUUGUUAACGGUACGAAUGUACAAUAGGUUAUCUGUUCAGAUGUGGCAAAGGUUUUUUUGUUUGUUAAAAAAAAAAAAAAAAAGGCUUGUUUAUAGUGGAAAUUGCACUUAGCUUGUCCAGCUAAUUUACAGGCACUCCACUCAAAUAUUUAGAAACAAAUAAUUCAAAUACAACAUAACAGGAUUAAAAACCCCAACAGGCAGAAGGCGACCAGUUGGCUAUUUACAAGCGUGGUCGAGAAUUUGAACUCGGGACGACCGAGCACAAAUCCAGCAAGAGGCCAGAGCGGGACUCGAACCCGGGACCGCCGGAUUGCGAUUCCGACGCGCUGACCACUCGGCCACGCUGCCUCGUUGUUUGCUUGUUUGCUUGUUUGUUUUUUUAUGUGGUGCUGUUUUGUUUUGAGUUUUAAUCAAGCUGCAAAUUACAUAUCUUUUCAGAUAUAUUUUGAUGACAUGGACAUAUUUAAAAACUACUGCGUUGUUUACGAGCGACACAGAACUGUUCCUCAGAUUCGUGUUGUACCGAUGGACACACCCCAGGAUCAGUAUGUUGUACAUGUAAGGCUACAACCUUCAAUCCAGUUUUUCUUUUACCUUUGAUUCAUUUUCUGAAUAGCAAUAAUAAAAAAUUAUUAAAUGAGGCUGAGUGUCAUGUGAAGAAUUAUGGAGAUCGAGAAUAGCACCCUCUUGGAUAAUACCAAAGAGAUAAGAGAUGCUAUGCUCGCCGAUCAGGUCGUGUGGAAAGGUAUUUUUAGGACGGUUCGGGAUGAUUCCCGGCCUAAGCAAAUAAUUAAGUAUGUUCCAUUUGAGCAGCUUUCUCAUCAUAAGCCUAAUCCAGUAAGCCUGUUCUAACACGAAGGUUUCUUAUUAAUUAAUUUUAUUUUGCAGCUUCCUGAAGAUGUUUGUGUUUUAGAGGCUGGAUCUAAUCUGGUAACGUACCUUUAAGUGUUCUUGUGUUAAAUACAGUAACAAACUGGGCAAAAGCCUACAGAGCAUGCUUAUACUCGUUUGUCUUUUGACCGAUGCAAAAGUUGUUGUUGUUCUUUCCCGCCAGAUGUUUGAUCAUAACAAAGUUCGUGUGACAGUUUCGUCACCAAUAUCACCUUCCCGUGUUCUAGAGUACAACAUGGACACAAAAUCAAUGGUAUGUUGUAUGCGUCGAAUUCACUAAUACUUAAAAAUGUCUACGUAUGCGUGUAAAAGGACGUAGAUGUUAGGAAGAGUGCUUUUCACUUCUUUACCAAAGCCAAAAAUGAAAGUAGUUUCUUUGCACUGACUCGCAUAAAAGAGUGUCGAUGCUGUUGUUCAAUUUUAUCCUUAAAUCAAAUUUUAUUUAAUUUUUUUUUUAUUGGAUUGAACAAAGCGAAAUAAAGUUGAACCAAAUUGAUUCGACUGUUACUGUUUUUUGGACUUUUUUUUUGUUUUUAGGAUAGUGGCAUGCUAUAAUUUGGUCACCCCCAAAUUUAACCUACUGUAGUGAAAUAUAAAGUGAUUGUUAUUUUUAACUUUCAAACUGCAAUCUAACAGCAUGAUUUUAAAACUUUCCGCAGGCUGAAAAACACGCCUUUACUAAGAAGCCUUCUUUUGACAGUUCUGAUUUUUGCUGCACUAGACAUGAAAUUCAAAGUAAGGUAAGGCGGUCAUACGUCUGAUAUGAGUUUCAUUUUGUUUGUUUUUGUUUGUUUGUUUGCUCGUUUGUUUUUUUUUUUUUCUUAUGCUGUUACAGUACAUUUAAGGACAAAGCAAACUCUAAUUCUCUCUCGAGCCGCAUUCAGUUACACAAUCAAGUACGUGUAAAUGGGGCAACUUAGCGAGGAAUACACAAGUACAAAGAAAAGAUUUUUUUUUUUUUUCUUUUUUUUGUAGAGGAAGAACGUGUGAAGCAAAACUUUCCCAUAAGAAUGCGGUAGUAACGGUCACGUCGCUAAAACAUACACGGGUUUUUUUUCUUUAACCAGGAUGGAACCUACAUUCCCGUCACUUUAUUUCACCACAAAGAUCUUAAAACUGAUGGGAACAACCCGAUGCUGCUUCAUGUCUAUGGUAUGACGGAACUUUAUUCACCUCCGCUUGUGCUGAAAAAACUGUGAGGGUCUUCUUUACAUUUAAUUAUUCAUCCUGCAGCGCUAUUAUAUGAAUUUCGUGUGUUCAUUAUUUCAUCGUUAUUCUUUUAAGUUUUUACAACGAACGUACUAAAUGACCAGCUCUCGCUUGGCUUACAUAGCUCAAGUGGUAGGGCUCUCUUUCAGCUUUCGCGUUUGAUGGGCGUUUUCUUUCAUCAUUUCAUUUCUUUUCAUUUAUUUUCUCGCAUUCCAAUAUGAAUAAUACACGAUAAAUCACAGACAAACGUUAGUGCUUCUGUCAAAAAAAGUUUACAAUAAGUGAUAAACUACAGUUAAGAUCAUCUCAUAUAAAUAAUACUUGAUUGUCACAAAAAGAGGAUGAUAGUCCUUGCCUUUUUCUCAUAGGCUCUUAUGGAAUUAAUGUGCACAUGGGUUUUGAAGUGGAAAGGCUCAGUCUGUUAAAGCGUGGUUGGUGUCUUGCCUACUGCCAUGUCAGGUGAUGAUAUGCAGUUUUUUCAUAAUGAUCUAUAGUUCCAAGUUUUGAUCCUUGAGAUCGUGUUGAAAAUUGAAGAAAAAUUAUUUAGUUUAAGUGAAAGAAAAACGCGUCUAAACUUAAUUGAAGUCUUGCUUGUAUGUAUUAUGGUAUGAAACUUCUUUAAAUGUCCUGUUUUGUUCAGAGGUGGCGGCGAACUUGGUCGAGAGUGGUACUUAGAAGGGAAACUGCAGAAUAAACAUAAAAGUUUUGAGGUACGGCUGUGUUUGCUCGGUCUUUCUUUGCACCGAAACCAAACAGAAACCCUUUCUACGCAGGCUAGAGUUUGUUAUGGCCCUUGUAGUUCUUCUACGUCCUACACAAGUCAAAUAAUAGGAGAAAUACUGUGAGUCGGUUUUUAUCCUUAUCCGAGAAUGUCCAACCAUUUGCAGAUAUGAAACAAAGGCAGCACAUUCAUGAACCUAACCGUCCUACGAUUAGACGUUCUUCCCUCGUUGUAAAAGCAGGACUCAAAAUAAAUCUGGGACUGCUGCCGGUCGUGUUGACCGGCCAGAGAAAUGUUAGCGUCCUCGGUCAUGUCUCCCUUUUGAGCGCUCAAAAGCCUAUCAUGAAAAAAACAUAAACUGAAAAAAAAAACAAUGCUUGUCCUUUUCAAACGUACAGCUUAGUGCAGAGGGACGCAACAACUCCCAACAUUGUUGGCCCAACAAAAGUUUGACCGGUUUCAAACUUUGCACAACAACUCGCAAUAACACGCAACAACAUGCAACAAUAUGCAACAUGGUGUGCAAACGGACUCAACAUGUAACAUCCAACAAUGUUUGGAGUUGUUGGCCAACAAAGCUGUGCGUCCGUUUGCACGGGUCUCAAUGGUAUUAUUAUUUUGUUGUUGUUGUUUUUGCGUGUCGCUUGUUCAUGUGUUCAUUCAAAAUGACCGGCAAACCACAAGUUUGUCCAGAGAAAUGUUUAUGUUACAAGUCAAUUCAAUUCAUUUUAAAGUUAUUCAACCCAGGUUGAUUCUCAAUUUUCCUUGUCUCCUAGCCCUAACUAUUCAUAAAAUUAUGGCUAAGAGACAAAGGAAAUUCAGAAUCAACCUUUGGUUUAAGAAUUUUAACCUGAAUUUAAUUUUGACCUGUAACGUAUUUUAUCUUGGCCGUUGACCGGCCGUUAAAGUUUGAGGCAGUAUGAUCUGUAUGGCUUAUAGCAGGCUAUUUAUCGAAUGGGGUAUCUUCAUCUAAUGACACUACGAAAUGAUUUAUUUACUCGUACUUUUAUUUCCAAAGGAUUUUGAGGCUUGUACACAAGCUCUUCAUCGUCUGGGAUAUUCCACCCCUGAAUUAACAGCUGCAAGUGGUACAAGCGCUGGCGGAUUGAUUGUAGGAGCUGUUUGCAAUAGAUCGCCGGGACUUUUUAAGGCAGUUAUUCUGAAGGUAGGGUAUGCUAUAGGAGCGGGAUUGUGGGAUAAGGACCCACAGGGAAUGUGGGAUCGGGAAUGAGGGACUGUAAGAUCAGGACCCCUCCCCCCCCCCCGCCCUCCCCUAGAUCCCCCCAGAUCAUGUUACCAAUAGUAUAGAUUGACCGGAAAGUGGCAGCCAUGAAUGGAAAGCUGUUUAAUCUUAAUUAUCGUGAAUCCUCUAUUAAGCCCCCCUCUCAAAUAAGCCCCCUCCCACUAAUAAGCUCCCCCCCCGCCCUUUUCGGUGGAAGAAAGUUAAUAAGCCCUCCUCUCUAAUAUGCCCCCUCUCCUCCCCUAAAUAUUCUUCACUAAUAAAUGAUAUACCGUAUUAAUCAAUCAUGACUGUAAAACUUCGUAUGGACUGAUCUAGGAUGGUUUGUUUGACAAGUGAAAGUUCGGAUUUGAUUCUGAUCCUCAACUGCAUGACCUCCAACCUUCUUGCACUUGAGCUUUUCCACAUUGUAUUCUGGUUUUUUAUGGAGAACUGUUACCAUCGUCUUUUCUAAAUUAAAUAAGCUCCCGUCUGCAUUAAAUAAUUUAACUGUGUACCCUCGGUAACAAUGCGGAUCAGUAAACUUCUGUGACACUUCCAUUGCCGUUUGAAAAUAUGACAUUGUUGUUUCGCUUUGUACAGGUUCCAUUUUUAGACAUUUUGACUUCCAUGUUGGACCCGUCUCUUCCGCUAACUGUUCAGGAAUAUGAAGAGUGGGGGGAGCCUGGGUAAGAACUGUUUACACUUCAAAACGACGCAGUGUUCAGAGGUUAAGAAUGAUGGGAACGCGAGCUGUUGUUUUUGUGUUUUUGUUGGUUUUGUUUCUUGUCUAAUCACGAGGUAAUCACCAUGGCAACACCAACGGGAACGUUAAAAAGCGAUACUUCAUUUCAAUAUUUUGAGAGAUCUUAAGAUGAAUAGAAAAGUUUGCAAUCCAUUUAGGUUUCUGGAAAACUGCCCUCCCACCCCUCCCCUAAGCCAACGUUUUCCCCUUAGUGUGAAGUAAGAGUUAAUGUUGGCUUAGGGGAGGAGUAGGUGGGCAUUUCUCAGAAACCGAAAUUGACCUCUAUAUCCCAGUCCAAGAAGGGGAAAUGGGAAAGGAAGAAUCAAAUCUACCUAUUUAUGUUUUUUGUUCUUUGUAGGUCUAAUGAGAGCGACUUUCACUACAUUAAGUCCUACUGCCCGUACCAGAAUAUAAGAGACAAGGUAUGGUUCUCCCUAGUAUUUCUCUUUUUUUGGCUUUCUUGACACGCGAGAGGGGGCACUCCUUUGAAAGUGGAGUAUUACCUGAAAUUUACUAUGGGGGUGUGUCGCUGAGUCCUCGAGACUCUGGACCUGUUGCAGACACAAAGAGACGAAUUGGAAUCCUGUUCCUGAAACCAGCUCAGGGACAAAUCGAAGAGUGGGGGGUACCAAAGCUUGAUUGAGAAUAAUCAGGCAUUAUGGUGAAAAUCGACCCUCAUAUAUAUUCCUCUUCCAGAGAGAAAGGGUUAUUUUUAUACCCUGCUCCAGAGUCAGAGAGGCAAUAAGCAUAAAAAUACAGAUUUAAACGUUAAUGUUUAAGUAGUACAAAAAGUUAGUGUGAUGUGAUUUUAGGAGGCAGCGUGACCGAGUGGUUAGAGCGCUGGACUUGCAAUUUGGAGGCACCGAGUUCAAGUCCCACUCUAACCGCUAGCUGGAUUUGUUCUCUGUAGUCCCAAGUUCAAAUCCUCGACCACGCUUGUAAAUAGCCAGCUGGUAUGCCUCCGGCCAACUGGGACUCUUAACCCUGCUAAAUUUGAUUUAGAUUAUUUGCUUCAGGCAUUUGCUGGGCCCCACUAGCAUUAGUGCUAUAAAUACUGCCGAGGAUAAAUAACGGAAUUAUUAUUAUGUCUAAUCGACUUUACCGACGUAAUAGAAUGUAGAUGUAGAUGUAGGGUCACAGGAAGUGUUAAACAACUCGUGACGGCGAAUUAAACUUGACACAUAACUUGGUUACUGAACAUUGUUGUUACAGCGCUAUCCUGCUGUGAUGGUUGGUUCUUCAAUGAAUGAUGACCGGGUGCCUUAUUGGCUGCCUCUUAAGUGGGUGGCGCGUCUCCGAGAUCAGUUGUCGAGACAGGAGCAGUCGGAUAAGCCUUUAGUUGUGUGCAAUGUGGAUUAUUAUGCGGGACAUUUUGGAGAAGAAGGCACAUACCGGAGGUUUGAACAGGUACACGAGCUCAUCAGUUGUAAGGCAGUUACAUAUUUCGUUUAAGCGGCAGAGAAUGUUGUGAGGCAUUCAUGCCUCAUCUUAUUUGUAUCCUAAGAAUAUACCAACUGGGAAGGAUUAACAUGAACAUGUGUGAUUGAUCGGCCAACAUUCUGCCAGACAGUCAGAAACUGACUGACUGACUGACUGACUGACCAACUAAAGGAAUGACCGACUGACUGACUUGACUGAUUGACUGGCAACCGGCUGAUUGACUUAGCAGGCGGAAAGAUUUACUCAAUAAUUAUAACUGACUUUUUCUUUUGUUUUUCUUUUGACUGACCGACUGCCUGACUGACUGACCUCCCGACUGGCCACCUAACGACGUAUCGAGUGACAGCAACGUUCCUGGGCUUCGGGCAUCUGGCGCAAUAUUGCGCGCAAUUGCAAAUUUGCAUUGCGUGUACCCCUUAAAGUCUUUGCGUAAGUUGUGCUUAAUAUUUCAAAAGAAAAAGACAUGUCUUACUUCUGGCCUAUUACACGCAUCAAAUUUGACUUUGUCCCUAUCUUUUGAAACAUUGCGUGAAAUUAUGCGACGUGCUUCCAAUUAAGCUGUAUAUUCAAUUAGACCGCUGAAUCGAAACGUUGCUUGUCGCUUGCUUGGUAACCGCUCAGCAAAUCUUGAGUGAAUUAUGGCUGUGUGUGGCUAUGCUUUUUGGUGGGUGUAACGAGAAGAGUGGGUAUCUUCAGGUAAAAUACCUUUUUAUGGAGUUGCGCAUAGCAAUAACAGCUGCGAAGACGAACGUUUAAAAUUACUGGUCUUUUAUUGGGAACUGCAAUUUGUUUUUUAGCUUUAAAAAAGGAGGAAAUGUCUGAUUAAUUCAAAUAAAACAUAUCCAUCUGAAGUUGUCUCUGAUACAUAUUAUCUUUUGUGAUGUGAAGUAUUUCUCGUAAACGUUUGUUUCUUGCUUGUUAGGCGGCAAAAGAGUAUGCUUUUCUACAUAAGGCCCUGGGACUUCCACUGGAGUAGACAAGAGGGAAAAAGGGGCGAAGAACAUUUUCAUAGACACGGGUGUCAGAGGAGUGAACUGCUUCUGUCGGUUUGUGGAAAGCGAAGGACUGAGCUGAAACUAAGGAAGUAAUAUUAUAACAGUUGCCGACAAGAGCCUGCGAACGUGCUAGCGCUAUAAAGGCCCACGAGUUAAAAAUCUUUUAGCCAUUGCUACGACACGAUUCACGAUACUUAUCUCUUCCACGGAAUUGAAUAGUAAAAUUACCAAAUACAUUUCAAGAAGGUGUGGCUCUCCCAUGAUAUGAGCAUUUUUCAAUCAGGCUUAAAACCUCACUUAACUUUGUCAUCAUUCAGUUUUUAAAUGUUCUAGGCAAGCUUUUCUAAGCACGUUUGACAAACGUAGCAGUGUCAUUAGGAUGCAAGGGUGACCCCCUCAUCACGAGAAACGUGACUUGAGUUUCUUCUUCUUGUAAUCCUUUUACUCUGUAUACCUAACAACCUUUAAACAGUCACGUUGUAAACGCUAUAGGCCAUGUUUUAUUGAAGUCGAUCUUAACUGAAAAUCAAUUAUCGCUGUAGGCUAAGGAAAAAGUAAGAAAUGUCUAAUUAACACAAAUUCCAAAAGUACUUUUAAUAUGACUUAGACACUAAGACCCGCAAUCCUUAUAUAAUGAGAACACUCGCUGCGUGCUCAAAAGAAGUGCUCCAUCAUGGCUCAGGUGAAAAGGAAUUUUGGUCAAACUUCUUAUCAAAAGCUAGCUUAUAGAGGGUUUUCACUCACGUAGUUAGCAUCUAUGCAAAUAUAUUGCAACAAAAGAAAGCGUUUGCAUCAGAAAAGAGUUCAGCUCCCACAGGAUUGGUCUGGGACACCAACAUGGCCGCCGUGACAAAACAUGUCAAAACACUCUAUUGAAUGUCUCGUAACUCUCUAAACAUUGGUCAACCCUCGCUGCACCUCUGGUGGGAGCAGUCUAUUCCACUGGAUUCCUAAAAGAUCUACUCUUGCAAAAUCUGAUGAGUAUUU